AAAGACUUCAGGGUGAAACUUUUUCACAAGCGUCCUCCAGUUUGCUUGUUGUCCAGAAAAGCUGAAAGACCCACACAGCCCACCCAAAUUGUCGUGGAAUUAGACAACACUCGCAGACUCGUCCUCGGAAGUGCCAAAGACGACGGAGUUGACAUUGAUGCCUUAGCAGCUGAGAUCGAGGGAGCUGGAGCAGCAAAAGAACAGAGCAAAGGCAUGGGCAAGAAGAAGAAAGGAGGGAAGAAAGAUGACUAUGAUGAGGAUGACAUCCUGAAAGAACUAGAGGAGUUAUCACUUGAAACCCAGGGUGGAAAAGCAAAAGAACCAGCAAAGAAAUCCAACUCCAUAGAGGACACAGAGUCCGAGCCAGCCCCAACCAAGGCGGAAAAGAAGAAGACCAAGAAGGGCAAGCGUGAAGACGAUGAGCGUGAAGAAGCUCCGGGUAAAGACGACAUGGAGAACGAGAGCAGGACGAAAGGCAAAAAGGCACCUGCGGCUCCCCCUGCUGCUUCUGCUGCUUCUGCUGCUUCAGAGUCUGACAACGAUUCGCAACCCCCAUGCAAAACCAAGGCGGUCAAGAAGGGCGGGAGGAAGGGCAUGUCCGACUCUGAGGAUGAUCGUGAGAACGGAGGCGCAAAGAAGGCUGGAGGAGGUGACAAAGAGCAGUCGGACGAUGACUCUCAGGCCGCACGCAAACAGAAAAAGAAAACAAAAGUGAAAGCGAAGGCUGACAGCGACAACGACGACGCAGAAGACGAUAGCUCCUUUAAGAUGAAGACGGCGGCACAGAAGAAGGCGGAGAAGAAGGAGCGAGAGAGAAAGAAGAAGGAGGAAGAGAGGGCCAAGAUGAAAGCGAAGAAGGAGGAAGAGUCCGCUAAGAAGGAUGCAGCUAAGGAUGCUGGAAGUGCUGCGGCCCCUCCACCCAUGGAAACAAAAAAGACUGAGGUGGAGGAGGUGGGCGGGGCCGAAGACCAGGGCGAAGAUGACGCCGAGGGUGAGAAGAAGAAGAAGGACAAGAAGAAGAAGAAGGGAGAGAAGGAAGAAAAGGAGAAGAAGAAAGGGCCGAGCAAAGCCGCAGUGAAGGCCAUGCAGGAGGCCCUGGCUCGGAUGAAGGAGGAGGAGGAGCGAGCCAUGAGGGAGGAAGAGGAGCGGGAGAGACGCCUGGCUGAGCUGGAGGCGCAGAGGCUCGAGCAGGAGCGACUGGAAGCAGAGAGGAAGGAGAAGAAGAAGCAGAAGGACAAGGAAAGGAAGGAGAGGCUGAAGAAGGAGGGCAAGCUCCUGACCAAGUCACAGAAAGAGGCUCGAGCCCGAGCUGAGGCCACGCUCCGUGCGCUGCAGGCCCAGGGUGUUGAAGUGCCAUCCAAAGACACUAUGCCAAAGAAGAAGCCUGUUUACUCUGACAAAAGAAAAAAGAAGCCAACAACACACACUCCUGAAGAGACCUCAGAAGUGGCUUCACCCACGUCGGAGGUGGCGGAGCCUAUCGCCACGGUGAUGGAAGCGAAUGCUUCCAUGGAGGAGCCAGAAGCUGAAACUAAGGCUGAAAGCGCAGACCUAGAUGACUGGGAGGCCAUGGCCAGUGAUGAAGAAAGAGAGUUGAAGAAGGUUCACAUCGAAGUGAAGGAGACCGCAGCCACUCAGCCAACCCGCAAGGCUCCUGCUCCUGCCGAACAGGAGAACGGUAGCGAAGAAGAGGACGACGAAGACGGGGACGACGAAGAGGAGGACGAUGAGGACGAGAGCGAGGAAGAGGAAGAAGACGAAGAGAAGGACAGCCAGACAACCAAAGAGAAGAAUGGGAAAGAGGAGAGCUCGGAGUCGAGCAGCGAGAGCGAUUCGGAUGACGAGCGCACCAAAGAGGAGAGGAUGUACGACAAGGCCAAGAAACGCAUAGAGAAACGGAGACAGGAGAACCUGAAGAACAUCAACUUGGACAAACUGAGAGCUCCUGUGGUCUGUGUGUUGGGGCAUGUAGAUACAGGGAAGACCAAAAUCCUUGACAAGCUACGACACACGCACGUACAGGAUGGAGAGGCAGGUGGAAUCACCCAGCAGAUCGGUGCCACCAACGUUCCCUUGGAAACCAUCGUUGAGCAAACCAAGAUGGUGAAAAAUUUUGAGAGGGAUAGUAUAAAAAUUCCAGGAAUGCUGAUUAUCGACACACCGGGACACGAGUCUUUCAGUAAUCUGAGAAACAGAGGCAGUUCCCUGUGUGACAUCGCGAUCCUCGUGGUGGACAUAAUGCACGGACUGGAACCGCAAACCCUCGAGUCCAUCAACCUGCUGAAGGAAAAGAAGUGCCCCUUUAUUGUGGCUCUUAACAAGAUCGACCGUCUCUACGACUGGAAGAAGAGUCCGGACACGGACGUGGUGGCUACACUGAAGAAGCAGAAGAAGAACACUAAGGAUGAGUUCGAUGAGCGAGCCAAGGCUGUCAUGCUAGAGUUCGCCCAGCAGGGUUUGAACGCAGCUCUGUUCUAUGAGAAUAAGGACCCACGCACUUUUGUGUCUCUGGUGCCCACCUCUGCGCAUUCAGGCGACGGCAUGGGCAACUUGAUCGCCCUGCUGGUAGAGCUCACCCAGACCAUGCUGGCACGCAGGCUGGCCCACUGCGACGAGCUCCGAGCACAGGUCAUGGAGGUAAAAGCUCUGCCUGGUAUGGGCACGACGAUAGACGUGAUCCUGAUCAACGGGCGCUUGCGUGAGGGCGAGACCAUCAUCGUGCCGGGUGUGGAGGGGCCUAUCAUUACUCAGAUCAGAGGACUGCUAUUGCCUCCUCCUCUCAAAGAGCUCCGUGUCAAGAAUCAGUAUGAGAAGCACAAGGAGGUGAAUACGUCUCAGGGAGUGAAGAUCCUGGGGAAGGAUCUGGAGAAGGCUCUGGCAGGCCUGCCGCUGCUCGUGGCUCAUAAAGAGGACGAGAUUCCUGUACUGAAGGAUGACCUGAUCAGGGAGCUGAAGCAGACACUGAACGCAAUAAAGCUGGAGGAGAAGGGUGUGUAUGUACAGGCAUCGACAUUGGGCUCACUAGAAGCGCUGCUGGAAUUUUUGCGCACAUCCAAAGUGCCUUACGCUGGCAUUAAUAUUGGUCCUGUUCACCGGAAAGACGUCAUGAAGGCAUCUACAAUGCUGGAGCAUGACCCACAGUACGCAGUGAUACUGGCGUUUGACGUGAAGAUCGAAAGAGACUCUCAGGAGAUGGCCGACAGUCUGGGCGUGAGGAUCUUUAGCGCCGAGAUCAUUUACCAUCUGUUCGACGCCUUCACCAAAUACAGGGAAGACUACAAGAAACAGAAGCAGGAGGAGUUCAAGCACAUAGCAGUGUUCCCCUGUAAGCUGCGCAUCCUGCCUCAGUUCAUCUUUAACUCCAGAGACCCGAUAGUCAUAGGGGUGACUGUGGAGGCAGGAGUACUGAAGACAGGCACCCCGCUGUGUGUCCCUAGCAAAGCAUUCGUCGAGAUUGGCAUCGUGACCAGUAUUGAGGUGAACCACAAGCCAGUGGACACUGCGAAGAAAGGGCAGGAGAUCUGCAUAAAGAUCGAGCCAAUUCCCGGCGAGUCGCCCAAGAUGUACGGACGACAUUUCGAGGCUGUGGAUAUCAUCGUUAGCAAGAUUACCCGUCAGUCCAUCGACGCGCUGAAGAACUGGUUUAGAGACGAGAUGCAGAAGUCGGACUGGCAGCUAAUCAUGGAGCUGAAGAAAACUUUUGAAAUCAUCUGAGCACACACAAUGACUUUCAAACUGACCUACAUGCUGAGACCACACACACACACACACACACACACACACACACACACACACACACACAUACACAUAUACACUGACAAAUGCAGAGGGUAAGUGUGGGUAUCUGCAGGGUUGAGAAGUGCUCCUCCCUGUUUUCCCUCCAUCUCCUCCUUUAUGAGCGGUGGAGACGACUGAAAAAGAAGAAAAGUGAGAGAAAAAAAAAGUUUUUCUGUGAGAAACUGAACCUAUUACCACUGUUUUUAACAGUGACCGUUAGAGAAACAUUUACACACUAUUCCAAACGUGCCUGUUAUUUCCUAUCGACCUGUUUAGUUUCCCUGGAGCGUGGAGCUGCUUUUAAGGAAGCGUUAGAGGAAUAGGUCACCCAAAAAUGCCUAACAUGGUUAAUGAUGUAUGAAAAUGAACGAGAAGCCGUUAGUAAAGUUAUUAUCGAAUGCUAAUCGGCUUGUGCUGGCUUUCAUGAAUUAAUAGCAAUGUUAACAUGUUUGGGUUAAGGUGUAGUGCCAGUUUUGCAAGCUCAGUUUCGGCCGGUCUUUGUGUCAACUUUAGUGUCAGUGGUGAUGACACUCCAUCAAAUCAUACACUGUAAAUUUGUUCAAUACAGCAUAUAGUGUCAGAGAGGGGAAAUGUAGGCAAGAGGGGAUUUCACUUGCUUAAAAAAAUUAAAUCAAGGAUUUUAGACUAUGAGUAAAUAUGCCUGGUCAGUGUUUUGUUUUUAUAUAUAAAUAUAAUGGUUUAAUUCACAAUGGAGCAUAAAAGACUGGAUUGCAAGUGUUUUAUGCUCCUUUGUGAAUUAAACCCACAUUAUACGGUAUUUGUCGCAAGACCUUUGCCACUAUACUUGACGCUGCCUUGUGCCUGUCUUUACUGACAUUGUUCGAUUGGUAAAAAUCUCAAUUUCCCCCGAAUGAAAGGAAGAAUCAUUGUCGGUUAAAUUACCAAUAAAGAAAUGGCAUACUUAUAGGAGUUGUAUUUGAAACGUGAUGCGAGUUUCUCUAGAUGUUCCUCUUUGGGUACUGUCUUCACCUGCUGAAGGGAAAAGCUUUCUGAAACACUGCAUCAUUUCCAAGGGAAAGAGCAUGAGUUUGAAAUGGUAUACUACACCAGAAUACAGUCCCUUCUGAAAGUAUUGGAACUGUUCCAUAUCUGUUUGCUCAGUACACCACUGGUUCCUUUCUUUUUCAGGACAUUCCAAAUUGUCGUAUUGGCUAUGCCCAAUGCUUGUGCAAUGGCUCUGAUUGAGUUUCCCUCUCUUCUCAGAAUCAAAAGUGCUUGCUUUUCCCCCAUAGGCAGCUCUGUGGUCUUCAUGUUGGUUUAUCCUUUUUAACAACAAAUUCAGUCUUCACAGGUGAAACCCCGGGCUCAAACCAAGAGUAGACAUUCAGAGCUAUUCAUUCUUUAAACAAUCAAUUUAACAGGGCAAGAAACACCCAUCAGUCUUGUGUUCAUAUGAGGAAAUUAAAGCCAAUCUAUGGUCUCAUAUUCAUCUUUUGAUCUCAAACCCAAAUGUCUUCAGUGUAUAGCAAAAACAAAAGAAUUGGCCUUGCUGUUCCAGUACGUUCGGAGGGGUCUGUAUUCUACACACUGUUCAUCUCUAGUAAUAUCAUUUAUCGUAUGCUGUAUGUGAUAUUUAAGGAAACCUCCACCCUGAAAUGCGUUUUUAUAUUGAAAUAAUGGCGAUGUGCUUGGUGAUUCUUCAGCUAAAUUCUUGGUGCUGUGUAUUCGCUUUUCCUGUGAGAAGUUAGCGGUCGUCUGCUGUACUAAUGUCAACAAAAGAACAAGAGCUUCUUUCACCACUCACCAUUCAUCAUUCGUCAGUGGGCAGUUGAACAGCAUUGUGGGUGAUGUAGGAAACCAAAGGGGAAAAUAGACCAAGAUGUUGAAUUUUUAAAAAAAUAAAUAAAGUUUCAACUCAAAACAGUCACAGAGAAUUGAAUCAAAUAUUUUGUACAAGACCAUGUAUUGAUUAUAAAUAUUGUAAUCAGUUUGUUCAGGGUGGAGUUUUCCCUUUAACUUUUGAUAUAUUAACCAAUAAUAUCCCCCCAAUUACUGGUUCCCAAAACAUUCUGGGAACAGAUCUUUUCAGUUUCCCAGGGAAGUUUUCUGUAACGUUCAUGUCUUGUGCAUUAUGGUUCAGAGAAUAUUCCCCUAACAUUCUCAUAACUUUUACAUAACCUGCAAUGGUUUGGAGAACGUUCCCCUAACAUCCUGGCAACCUUUGAAUGACUUGAACCUCCGGUGAACCUUGCACAAACCUGGGAGUUUUCAGGAAUGUUCCUGUAACGUUAAGGGAACAUUCUCUGAACCAUUCCUAUUCAGACCUGUCCCUAUUGGUUGUCAUAAAGUUCUUGUUGCAUUUGUAUCUAAUAAAACAAGAUGUGCA